ACGCUCUUUCGGCUUCUUCCCCCAAAUUGAUCGAAAAACCCUAGCUGAUCUUGCGAUUUCUCCGUACUUUUGAAAUUUUUGGUCUUGAUCUUACCAACUAGGUAACGAGUUGGGAGGAAAUCAUGGGCAACACGGAGAAGCUGAUGAACCAGAUUAUGGAAUUGAAAUUCACCUCAAAAUCCCUUCAGCGCCAAGCCCGUAAAUGCGAAAAGGAAGAGAAGGCCGAGAAGCUCAAGGUCAAGAAAGCCAUCGAGAAAAACAACAUGGAUGGUGCUCGCAUCUACGCUGAGAACGCCAUACGCAAACGAACCGAGCAGAUGAACUAUCUGCGGCUUGCCUCUCGGCUGGACGCCGUCGUGGCUCGGCUUGAUACCCAAGCCAAGAUGAAUACCAUCAGCAAGUCUAUGGGUAAUAUUGUCAAGUCCCUUGAAUCUUCCUUGGCUACCGGUAAUCUCCAGAAGAUGUCGGAGACCAUGGACCAAUUUGAGAAGCAGUUUGUGAACAUGGAGGUUCAGGCGGAGUUUAUGGAGAGCUCCAUGGCUGGAUCCACAUCUUUAUCUACACCUGAAGGGGAAGUCAACAGCUUGAUGCAACAGGUGGCCGAUGAUUAUGGCCUUGAGGUUUCGGUUGGUCUGCCACAGCCCGCAGCGCACGCAGUGCCCACUAAAGAGGCUGAGAAGGUCGACGAAGAUGACCUGUCUAGGCGGCUUGCCGAACUUAAGGCUAGAGGUUAAAAGAUAUAUUGUUAUUGCCUUUGGAAUGUUGAGUUUAUGACUGCAAUAUAUAUGCUAUUUUGUAAUCAUCAUAGUGACUGGGAGUUCUAGCCAUGAAACACUAUCCUUAGGAUGAGUGAUUUGUGUAUAUUAAACUGAAUCUCGCUCUUGGUCAUUAUGUAGAUUUUGCAUUGGGAUUUCGAUGCCCUGCGCUUAAUGCUACGGUUUGGUUGGUUUGUAUAUUGACUGCGGUGAUGUGAGCUUUUAAAAUCUGAUUGUUAUCUGUA